AUGAAGGAACUUAAAGACGGUACUAAUACUUACAGGAAUCAAGUUCAAAUAAGCCCUGUAAACGUCUACAUUGCUGAUGCUGGAGUCCAAAAUCAUCCGGUGUUUAAGCAAGACAAUUCAAAACGUCUAUUGAUGGAUGAAAACUAUUACACUAUCAUGAGUAGAUUGGAUAAUCUUACCAAAGAGGUCGAAGCCCUUAAAAAGGAAAACGCUUUGCUCAGACAUUCUCCGAUUGCUUUUCUCGCGGAACUCACCAAGACCGUCACAGGCCACAACCACCAAAUCCAUUUCGAUCAGGUUAAAUUAAACAUUGGAAACGCCUACUAUCUGUCUCAUGGAAACUUCAUCGCCCCUGUCAACGGUCUCUACCAGUUCUCAAUAACAGCAUGUUCUACAUCGGGUCACUACGUAGUUCUGGAACUUACUGUCAACACUGCUGUGGUUGGGAAAGUGUUGGCCGGCGAUACUGGUUAUGAUGAAUGUACAUCUAAGUCUUUCCUGAUACAAUUGUCUUCCGGUGAUGACGUAUUUGUUCAACAUGAAUCUCAGGGAGAUUAUCUACUAAGUAAUGCAGUUUACGGUUUUCCUUCAUUUGCGGGUGUCCUUUUAAGAGCAUAUUAA